CUUGCUCAAACUUCCAACUCUCUCUCUCCUCUUGCAAAAAGUGUUCGUGUCUCUUUUGUCUUAUCGUACAUGCACGCAAAUAGACUAGUGAAACACGGACACCCACUUUAAAUCCUCAGAAAAAUUGAAACAACAAACCCAAAAAAGCCACCAUGAUUCUCCAUACCCAUCUUCUUCUUCAUCUUCUUCUUGCUACUACAACUAUCAUUUCACAAUUAUCAGUAUCAGUCUCAGCAGCCACAAUCUUACCAGGCUCAACUCUCUACGCUUCCAACCCAAGCCAGACAUGGUCCUCUCCCAACUCCACCUUCUCUCUCGGCUUCCUCCCCAUCAACUCUACCAACUCCUUCAUCGCCGCCAUCUUCUACGCCGGCGGCGUCCCCGUCUGGACUGCCGGCACCACCCCAGUUGACUCCUCCGCCUCCCUCCGCUUCCUCUCCUCCGGCACUCUCCGCCUCCUCAACGGCUCUUCCCACACCGUCUGGGACUCCAACACCGCCUCUCUCGCUGUCUCCUCCGCCUCUCUUCUCGAAUCCGGCAACCUCGUCCUCUCCAACUCCACCUCCACUGCCUGGUCCUCCUUUGACAACCCCACUGACACCAUUGUACCUUCUCAGAAUUUCACUUCUUCUAUGGUUCUUCAAUCUGGGAUUUACUCCUUUCGUCUUCUUACUACUGGUAAUCUCACUCUCCGUUGGAAUAAUACUAUUUUUUACUACAAUCAAGGUUUGAACUCUUCCUACAAUGCUAGUUCACCUAUAUUAGGAUUGCAAUCUAUUGGGAUUUUGUCUAUUUCUGAUCAGAUUUUGUUUUCUGGGGCUAUUUUAGCUUAUAGUAGUGAUUAUGCUGAAGGGAGUGAUGUAUUAAGGUUUUUGAGGUUGGAUAAUGAUGGGAAUUUGAGGAUUUAUAGCUCUAGUAGAGGGAGUGGGACUCAAACUAUUAGAUGGGCAGCUAUGGAGGACCAAUGUCAAGUUUUUGGAUACUGUGGGGAUAUGGGAAUUUGUAGUUAUAAUGAGACCGAUCCUAUUUGCGGGUGCCCAUCUCUAAAUUUCGAGCCUAUAGAUCCUAACGAUAGUAGGAAAGGGUGUAAGAGGAAGGAGGAGACUAAAGAUUGUGCUGGGAGUGCUACUAUGUUGGAUUUGGCGCAUACACAAUUCUUAACAUACCCUCCAGAGAUUAGCUCUGAGGUGUUUUUUAUUGGGAUAUCGGCUUGUAGAUCCAAUUGCCUUGUGAGUUCUACUUGUGAUGCCUCAACUUCGUUGUCAGAUGGGACGGGGUUGUGUUAUAUCAAGACACCGGGUUUUAUGAGUGGCUAUCAGAGUCCUGGGCUGCCUAGCAGUUCUUAUGUCAAGGUUUGCUCACCUGUGGUUUUGAAUCCAUCAGCUUCUGGGGUUGGUGGGAAGAGCAGCGGUGGGAGGAUUCAAGCAUGGGUUGUACCUCUUUUGGUUAUAUGUACUGUUUUCGGGUUGAUUGCCUUAGAGGGUAGUUUAUGGUGGUGGUGUUGUAGAAAUAGCCCCAAGUUUGGGACAUUGGCAGCUCAAUAUGCUCUUCUUGAGUAUGCUUCUGGUGCUCCUGUGCAGUUCACCUAUAAGGAGCUUCAGCGCUCAACCAAGGGAUUCAAGGAGAAGCUUGGAAUUGGAGGAUUUGGUGCUGUGUACAGAGGGAUUCUUGCCAAUAAAACAGUUGUUGCUGUCAAGCAACUUGAGGGAAUUGAGCAGGGGGAGAAACAGUUUAGAAUGGAGGUUGCAACUAUAAGUAGCACCCAUCAUUUGAAUCUAGUGAGAUUGAUUGGAUUUUGCUCUGAAGGGCGUCAUAGACUUUUAAUUUAUGAGUUCAUGAAAAAUGGGUCUCUUGAUAAUUUCCUUUUCAUUACUGAAGGUCAGUCAGAACGAUUGUUGAAUUGGGAAUACCGGUUCAAUAUUGCCCUUGGCACUGCAAGAGGGAUCACAUACCUUCAUGAGGAGUGUCGAGACUGCAUUGUCCACUGUGAUAUAAAGCCUGAAAACAUUCUAUUGGAUGAGAAUUAUACUGCCAAAGUCUCAGAUUUUGGUCUUGCCAAGCUGAUUUAUCCAAGGGACCAUAGAUACAGAACCUUGACAAGUGUCAGAGGUACUAGAGGAUAUUUGGCACCAGAAUGGCUGGCAAAUCUUCCAAUAACUUCAAAAUCUGAUGUUUAUAGUUACGGUAUGGUUCUGUUGGAGAUAGUGAGUGGGAGAAGGAAUUUCGAAGUAUCUGCAGAAACCAAUCGGAAAAAAUUCUCUUCGUGGGCAUAUGAAGAGUUUGACAAGGGUAAUGUCAAGGGAAUCCUCGACAGAAGGCUGGCUGACCAAGACGUAGAUAUGGAGCAAGUGGUGAGGACAAUUCAAGUAAGUUUUUGGUGCAUCCAGGAGCAACCAUCACACAGACCAAUGAUGGGAAAAGUGGUCCAGAUGUUAGAAGGAAUUAUAGAGAUUGAGAAGCCACCUGUACCUACAGGUGUGAGUGAUGGGUCUGUUAUUGGAACCAGCAUAAAUGUGAGCAGCAAUGUAAGCAUUUACUCCACCAUUGCAGCUUCAGCCCCAGCUCCCUCUUCCUCUUUAUCGGUCCAAGCGGCAGGAGUUUCACCUUAUGCUUCUGGGAGGAAUAUGGAGAGGGCCUCAUCAUCCUUUCUACAUUCAGAUCCAAACUAGAUUUUAAUUGCCUGUUAAUAUAUUUCUCCUCACAAAUUGUUUUCAGGUUCUAGAUUUUCUAAUCCAGAUUUGACACUGAAAAGCUUGAAAGUGGUCAGGUUUUGUGGUCCUGAUACCAUAGAUGAUAUUGAUAUGAUAUCUUGUAGAAAUUGUUAUUACCAUAGUACAUAUUGUUGUCAAGAUGGAA